AUGCAUAAGGACAUCCUAACUGAGAAUAAGAUGGACAUCCUAACUGAGAAUAAGAUGACAGAACUAUCACAUGAGAAUCCCGAUCUGUGGACAGAACGCUUCUUCAACCGCAAAUGUUGCAUCACAUUCCUGACUGGUUGCUACAGUUGCCACUGGCAAUACAGAGAGUGGGAAAGAACUGAACUUGGAUCUUGUUGCUGCUCUUGGAAAGAGCAGAUUUUUUAUGUAUGCCUGGUGAUUUCAUUCAUCUUGUCUGCAAUUUUUCUGUUCGUGUGGGCAGAAACCUCCAAUGAAUACAAUAGCUUUGACUGGGUUGUUCAUCUAGGGACAAAACAAUGGUUCUUGUGGUCCAUUGUAAUAUUGAGUACCGCCGGGAUCAUGGCUGUCUACACUUUGUUGCUUUUGAUAGUUAGUUGUUUUUUGCUCUGGGAAAGGAUUGAAUUAUAUCUGCAUACGUGUCAUAAGGUCCUCAUUUUUCUAGUAAUGCUGCUGUGCUCCUUCUUACUAGCUGUUUUAAACAAAUACUGGAAAGACAAGUGGCUGAUAGCUGGGCUGUCACUGCAGAUCUUUGCUCCCUUUGUGCACCUGAGCCUCCUAACUGUGAUGAUUAUCCUUUCCUGGCCUCUAGCCAUCGGUAUGGCCCACUUGGAAUCAGAAGUUAGAAUAAGAAGAUACAGGAUGUCAGGUUACGAGAAUGAAAUCCUGGAGGGAUGUCAUAUAUUCACAAGGUUAAAAGCUCUACAAAUAGCUGUUGGAUUGCCCUUCCUUAUUAUUCUUUUAUGUCUUUAUUUGAUGCCAAUGGGGAUUUAUUCUCCCUGCGUUCUGAAGAAGAAGGAUUUAGGGCCUAAGCCUGCCUUCUUUGGACACAGAGGUGCACCCAUGUUGGGGCCAGAGAAUACCAUCAUGUCCUUUGAGAAGGCCGUUGAACAUGGUGCCUAUGGCCUGGAAACUGAUAUAUACGUAAGUUUUGAUGAGGUGCCUUUCCUCAUGCAUGACUAUGACUUGAUUAGAACAACCAAUAUCAGAGAAGUUCUACCAUCAUCUGCUUUUAAUCACACUGCCACCUUCAAUUGGACUUUCCUGUCAACUCUGAAUGCCGGCAAAUGGUUCCUAAAGAAUAAGCCGUUUUUUGGCAUAAAACCUUUAUCAGAGGCUGAUAAAAGAAGAGCAAGCAACCAAUCAAUUCCAUCGCUGCAUCAGUUUUUGGAACUUGCAAAAAGGGAAAGAAAGUUUGUGAUAUUUGAUCUUUUCGGCCCUCCACCAAAGCAUCCUCUCAGAAACACAUUUGUACGAAAAGUAGUAAAGGUCAUCCUUGACUCCCAAAUUGAGCAACAUCUGAUACUUUGGUUGCCGGGUUUUGAUAGAGACUAUGUCAGGUACAAGGCUCCUGGUUUUCAGCAAGUGGGUCGUUUACUAACUAUUGAUGAGCUUCAGAAAGAUAAUAUUACUAUAAUAAAUGUUGACUAUAAAAGGUUGUUGUAUCGUGGUUUGAGACAUUAUAAGGCAGCUAAAAUCCACAUCAAUAUGUAUGUUGUCAAUGAACCUUGGCUCUAUUCAUUGGCCUGGUGUCAUAGGAUCAACUCUGUGACCACAGACAACAUCCAGAUCCUGAGUCAGCUUAGUCACCCUCUCUUCUUCAUGACACCAGGAUACUAUACAUUCAUGUGGCUUUUCCUGGAUAGUACUUCUGCAAUUAUCAUUGGCUUUGUAUUUUAUUAUAACUGGAUGAAAGAGCUUAGAAAAGAAAGGUGGCUUCAAGCUGAUGCCACUGUAUCUGCAGGUAAUGAGGGCAUAAAUGUCCCAAAAGGAGAACCUGAGACUCAAAGAGCUUCAAAGUUACUUGAAAAUCUUCCUGCCUGAAUAGUAAGAAGUCCGUGGACUCCAGAAGUCCACUAUGAAAGCUCAACCAGGAGUGCCAAAGCCCCCAAGAAGAAACCAAUGCCAUUCAAGAACACAGUUAAAAAACUAAUGCUCACUGGGGGCUUUCAGUACACCCAAACACCUGCCAGGGGGCCUUCCUCACAAACCAUCAUGAAGGAUGACAAAUUGGCAGGAGUCUUCAUAGAGGACUCCCAUGCCAAAACCCACCAAAAGACUCCCAUGUUGGAUUCUUCUGAAGAAAGCUAUGAAACACUAGAUUCCAGCAUUUCCACUAUCUCCUAUAAGAUGCCUUUAAAGAAGAAAUAACCUUGUCCCCUUCUUCUUUUCUGUGUAUCUAAGUAUGGUGGUGGCAGGGCAUGGUCAAGCUCACACAGGGGCCUUUGAGGCUUUCAGGGGAAGCACCCUGGCCCAACCUCUAUAAGGGAUGCACCUCAGGAGACAGGCUGGGGCAAACAGUGAUGCAUGGUCAUGGACCUGGAGCUGGCUGUUUUCUGGGUUUGCAGGGUUGUCUCGUCUUUUAUUUCUGUUAUACUUUCUGCUGAAGGAGUGACUGGUCAUGUCAGUUUGUAAUAAAAGCACCUCUCAGGAAGUCAGUGUGUU